CCCUCCCUCCCACCUCCUCCUCAGCGCUUGAGAUUAUGUCCGUGUUUACGGGCUCUACCACAGAGAAGUCCGCAGCCCCGGCAGUCGUCACCCAACUCAGCGACCCCGCACCGGUAUGGCUGAGGCGGUGAGGCCCCGUAAGUCCAAGAGCAGGACGAAGCAUGACAAGACAAAGAAGAAGCAGCAAAGCCUUGUGGAGAUAAGACCAGAGAAGCAUCUGGUGUUAGAGCAAGAGAGCGAUGUCCUUAAAGUAUUUGAAUCUUCUCAUAAGCAGAAAGUGAAUAAUGAACUUCCUGAUAAUUUUAUAGAAAUUCAGCUGAAUGAUGAAACCUCCACAGCGGAUACUAAAAGACUAAGCAGCUUGUCUGUGGCGGACAUCUCCAUUGCAAAUGAAGACAACUCAAAGGACAAAAAGGAGGCCACAAAACCUGGCAGUGAGGAGUUGGAUUCUGGAGGAGCAGAGGCCAAUGAUAGCGUUCCCUGCGCUACUGAGAGCGGUGACGUACUGUCCAUAAAGACAAAAUGUGCUGGACCCUCACCCUCUGUAGGUGAGAAGCACCCUGCAGAGACUCCCACUGUUCAUCCAGCUGUCCUGUCCCUCAAGGACCUCGAUAGAUUGAACAACCCGCAUUUUGUGGAAGCCAAAGAGAUAUUGCAUUUGUCCAAGGUUAAAUCCAUCUACCCGGAGCUGCCGCUGGAGGCGGUUGAGCACACGAGAGAUGUGGCGACCAUCAAACCUCUGGUUCCUAGUGAGCGGCUCUAUCCUGAGCUCCCGCAGCAGAACAAGCCCAUUCCUUUUGCUAGGGAGCAACUCAAGAUAUUUGAGCCGUGCUCCUGGAUAGAGAACGUGGACUCCUUCACUGAGGAGUUUGAGAGGAUCGCUCACCAGGACAGGCACGAGUUCCAUGAACUUCUCAUGAAUUAUGGUCGGUGCAGGAAGCAGCUCCUUUUGGCUGAAGCCAAGCUCCAGAUCAUGAUCUCUGACUGGAAGAAUAUUAAGAGCAAAGUGUGGGACUUCAAGGAGGAGCACAUGACUGUACAGGGACUUUGUGAAGAUCAGGCGAAAGUCGUCGGAUAUCACCACUAUCAGACGGCGGAAAUCAACACCUCAGCAUUAGCGGACCUGAAGAGACUCUUUGAGCUGAAGUCAGACCACCUACACCAGACAUUUGCCCUGCACUCGUACACAUCAGUCCUGUCCCGCCUGCAGGUUGAGUCUUAUAUCUACGGACUGGUAAACAACUCACCUUUCCUGAAAUCAGUAGCGGUGUACCAUCCGGACCACGCCCCUCAGAAAGUGGAAGGGUCUCACUCCGAUCUGAUCCUGCUGAAGGAGUGUAUCAGUGUCCUGUUCAGCUUUACAAGGAGAGUUAUAGAAGACACACAGUUCCAGAACGAUAUUCUGCUCUGGCUUCAGAAGCUGGUGUCUGUGCUACUGAAGGUUGGAUGUCUUGGGGACCACCUGUUCCUCUUGAAUCAUGUCCUGCGCUGUCCAGCCGGGGUUAAUAAAUGGGCCACCCCAUUUGUUCAAGUCCGAGUCUUGCACAACCCGGCUGGCGUGUUUCACUUUAUGCAGCAGCUGGCGGUUCUCAUGUGUCCCAUAAGAAAUCGAGCAGACUUCCUUUGCCAUAUGAAACCCAAUGAAAGAAAGUGUUCUUCAGGAAAAGAGUCCGGAAACUGGACUUUGGUGGAUGAAGGUGGUGAGGAGGAUGAAGAUCCAGAGACAAGUUGGAUGCUAUUGUCUGAGGAUGACCUCAUCUCCCUUUUGGGACAGUUCCCUUUUCAUGAACUUUUUAAGAAUGUUCUUGGAUUUACCUCUAGAGGGGAAUAUUAUCCUGAGAAAACCACUCCCCAGGAAAUGAUGAAGAUUUUUGCCUUUGCCAAUUCUUUACUUGAGCUUUUGGCCCUCGGAUUAGAGACCUUCAACAGGGCACGGUAUCGACAGUUCGUGAAACGGAUCGGAUGCAUCAUACGGAUGACCCUGUGUUACAUCAGUGACCACUGGGCUCUGUACCUGAGCAGUAACCGUGGCAGAGAACAGAGCUCAGAGCUCUACUCCCUGGGGAAGCUACAGGCCAUAUAUGAUGAGCUCUUCCUGACCGCUGUCCUCCAUGUCCUCAAGGCAAAGAGAUUGGGCAUUUGGCUUUUCAUGUCCGAGAUGCCAUAUGGAACCUUGUCAAGCGUCAUGCUGUGGAAGCUCUUGUAUAUCAUGCACUAUGCUGAGAGCAAGGACGUGGAGAACCUAUAUUCGAGGAUAGAUGUGGCCACCUGCCAAUCCACGUUGAAUGAUCCUGUGAACCGAGAAAAAUUUGAGGAGUAUUUUUCUACAAUGAACAGCUCUGAAGGAAUCUGUCUCCUGACCACGUUUGCUCAGAUGGCACAAACCAAGCGGAAUGAAGUUGAUGAGGAGCUGGUGAACACCAUUGCAUUAGAAAUUUAUGAGGUUUCCUAUGUCAGUAUGUCUACGAGAGAAGCGUUUUCUAAAGUGGGUCGGGAGCUUCUUGCCACUAUUACUAGUGCACACUCUAGUAUCAUAUCUGUGCUCCUGCAGCGUGUACGGGAAACCAUUGAUAAAGUUGGGAUGGUAUCCCUAUACCUAUUUAAAGAAUUGCCACUACAUCAAUGGAGACCAAGUGCCUCAGAAAUAGGAGUCAUCAGGGACUGGCUGAUCAAUUACGACCUGUCUGUGGUGGAGAACAAACUGGCCUGCAUUAUCCUGGAGGGUCUGAACUGGGGCAUCAGUGACACGAAAACUCUGCAUCUGGAUCACACCCUACAUGUGGAGGUGGCACUCAUGGUCCUGGAAGCAUAUCAGAAACACAUCUCUGACAAACCCUACACUGGGGUCAUCUCUGAGAGCAUUAAGCAGGUGUCCUACUUGGCCAGCAUAGUCCGAACUGGACAGUCUCCUGAAGCCUCCUUCAACCAGUGGUCCUGGGAUUUGGUAUUGAGGCUUAAAUUGCACAGAAACGACCGUCCAGAGCAGAUCUGUGAUGCUGUUCCUGAUCUGACGGAAGCCAAUGUCCUGCACCCCGUGUUGAAGGCUGUGAAAUCUGGGGUCCCUAUAGGCUGUUACAUCGCUCUGGCUACUGCUUCAGUGGGACACAGUGUAGAUAAGUUUUGUGUGGAGGGUGUGACCAUGCUGGGUGAACUAAUACAAGCAAGACAUCUCCGUGCUGUGGUUCAUAUUCUGGAUAAAAUUUUACCCAUGUUUUAUCCAUGUCCAAGCUAUCUUCUGAAAAAUGAACUGUUUUUGUCCUACAUUCAGCUCUUUCUCCAGCUGGACAGUGGGGUCCCUCAGGGAAUGACCAUGCAGAUGACCCAUAAAGUUACCCAACACCUUACCUCUAUCAACUACGGAGAGAAUGUUAAACUUCUUACCAACAUGAUCCAGUCACAUAUAGAUGCUAGCAUUAAACCAAAUGAAGUAGGCGCAGUGGCGGUUCUGGAGUUCUGGACUCAGGUUCUCAUAAGCCAGCAACUUUGGCACCGGGACAAAGGCAGCCUGCACCUCAUGGACCAGCUGUGUAAAGUAGCAUUCAGGCACCUGCAAGAAGACUGUAUACAGAAAUUGCUCUACCAGCAGCACAAGGAUGCACUGGGUUAUCACUGUGAUCGAGGUAUACUCUCUUCAUUUGUUGGCUGGAUUGUCGCAGGCAAUGUGACUCCUUCUUUCAUAGAUGCCAACUACAACCCCUCACAGAUCUGGUUUUCAUGGACCGUGCUUAAUACAGAGUCUUUGUUUGAAGAGGAUUCACAGCUACGUCGAGUGCUGGAAUAUGAACUACUCAACAGCAAGUCUAUGAGUCCAGACCAAGCUCUAAAGAAAGCCCAGCAACAGCUGAAGUUACCGGUUGUGCCUUCUGUACAGAGGUUGAUGAUUUACCGCUGGGCUCACCAGGCUAUGGCCACACCAGCAGAUCACCCCCUUUUACCUCUAUUUUGGCAGAAAUUUUUCCUUCUAUAUCUGAACCGCCCAGGACCACAAUACGGAUUACCAGUAGAGGGAUGUAUCGGGAAGAGGUUCUUCAGCAGCUCAGCACACACGCAUCUCCUUAAACAGAUGAAACGUCGCCUUAUGGAAGUGGCAGAUUUCCACCAUUCAGCCAGCAAAGCGCUGAGAUUACUUGUCCCCAUGGACGGAUCCCCAGUUUUCUCUGAUUCAGGGAGCAGCUCACAAGACUGUAUGGCUCCUCCAGAUCUGCACAAAGAGCUUGUGAAGUUAUUUAAUGUUUUUAUUGUGUGGCUGGAAGAUGGCAAGAUGCAGAAAGGAGAAGUCUAUAUUCCAUCCCUGCCCAAGCAGUAUGACCCACAUCGAUUGGCUAAGGUUAUGCGAAAUGAGCAGGAUCUCUGGAUGGAGUUCAUAAAUAUGGAGCGCAUCAUAUUUGAGAUCCAGGACUGCGUCAAUGCAUGGAACCAAAUCAAGGUAGAGAUGGACACAAGUUUGCUGACACCAGCUGUUACUGUGGACCUACCAUCUCCCUCAGCAGCUGCUAAAGAGAGAAUCCUUCUGAAUUUAAAGAAGCAUCCUGCCCCUUGCCCGGGCAUCACCUUGCAGCUUAUGAAACCACCUGUUCCUGUUAUACCAACUUCAUGUUAUAUCAACAGCCAGGAUGCCAUGAAACUUGUUCACAAAGAUCUGACUGUUCUGCAGCAGCAUGCCAAAACUGCUUCUAUGCGUGAGUCCCAGCAAGUAGCUUUGGACAGUGAGAUGCUUGAUACUAUUCCAAAACUGUACGUCAAUAGAGAGGAGCAGAUAGAAAUGAAAAUAGAGUGUCGGGGAAACUUAAAUAAGACGUGCAGCGGACCUGCAGUGGUUACAGUCAAGUUUGAAGGAAUGCAGAUGGAAGAAGCCAUAAGUCAACAACUUCAUGUUCUGCGGAGAGAGAUGAAGCAAUUACAAGCCGAAGCCACCAAGCCAACUCAGCUUAACAUCAUAGAAACUGCAGUCCAUCUGGAGAACUUCAUAACGGCUCUUGUCAAUGCAUAUAAAGUGCAGUCUCCACUAGAGAUACAGAAGAUUGGAAUUGGAACCUUCUUUGCUGUGGUUGAAUUUGUGUGCGAUGAUACUCAGCGCCAUCCUCCAUCCCGGCAGUUCUUCACCUCCUGCAUAGAAAUAUUGGGACAGGUGUUUAUAAGUGGAACCCAGUCUGAAUGUCGGCCAGUGCUGCAUACUAUAUUACAGAAUAGGAGGUUGUGUAAUCUGCUGUCACCAUAUUUUACCCCAGCCGCCUCUCCUGGAGAAUUUGUACAAUUGUACGAAAAAGUGGUGGAAGCCAUUUCUGAAGACAAUAGCGAUGUGAUCUUUAUGCUGCUAACUAAGUUUGAUCUUAACCACUGGCUUAAUUCUGCAAAACCCUCCAUGCCUGAGCGAAGCAAACUGCUGGAAUCCGUGCACCUGGCUCUGACCCUUUGUGGUCUGACACCUGAUGAGGAUCUGCUGAUGCCUUUUAAUAUAUUCUGCAAACAUUGGAACUCCAUCCUGCGCUACCAGUUCCCCGACCAUUACAGUGACUGCCUGAGACUACUCAUGCAGAGUUCCUCUGAGCAGCUGCUAAGCCCAGAAUGCUGGAGAGCAUCUCUGAAGUCCGUGGGAUGUUACUCCCGAAGAGUCCUGCCAAACUCCAUCAAAAUGGAUUCCAAAGAAUCCCUCAUCUUUCCAAACUGCACUAACAAAAUGAUGCUGUCGGCAGAGCAGGUUCUGGAGACUAUUAAGUGGCUUUCAGACUUUUUCAGAAAGUUACGUGUUUCUAAGUCAGAUUUUCAGAGCUUCGGUUUGCUGUCAAAAUGGAGUCCGUAUAUCCCCGAGGUGAAGACCUUCAUGGAAUAUCUGGUGAAGAGUCACAUCGAUUACGAGGUUCUCAGUAUCAAACAAGAAACAAUGGGAAGUCCCACAGUGGAGGCAGUGUUGAAAUCCCUUCAUUCAGUAGUCACGGAGCUCUUCAAGCCCUGGAUAAUGGUCCUAGACAAAGAGGAAAGCAGUAACCAGCGCUGCUAUCCCUGGCUGGAAAGUGAUAGUCACAAUGCCGUCAUAUUGGUCCAGCUGUUUUGCGAUUGUAUUUUGACACUGCACCAGAAAUUUCAGGAUCACCUUCUGCCUGGCCAGCGGGGGGUACUGUGGUUACAUCUAAUGCACUACUGCGAGUCCUGCACUGCUCCCAUGCACCCAGAAUAUAUCCUGUAUACCUAUCACACAGAGUACAGUAAGCUGCCCUGGAAGGACAUGUAUCCAGAUCAGACACUGAUGGAAGAGUUUUUCAAGGUGGAGCGCGGGAGCCCAAAGAGCUGUUUCCUCUUUUUAGGGGGUUUAUUAUGUGAUGUAAAUUGGAUGAAUGUCCUGGCCGAUGCCUGGGGUCCCAUUCCUCGUCCAGAAACCCAUCGCAUGCUGGUUUGCCUCCUGUAUAUGCUGGUUUUUCUCACCAAAGAGGAGAAGCUCAUAGAUGAACCGGGGGCGCCACUGAUUAAUCUCUUAGGGCAGGCUGGCACAUUGUCCUGGCACCUGGUGGAUGCUGUAUCCUACCAGAAUGUCAUAGGGUAUUUCAGCAGCCAUUACCCUCCCUCUGUAAUCCUGAGCACACACCUGGCAGAUGAGCUGCUCCUGAAGCUUCUCCGUGUCUCUGCAGGCCUUUCCGCUUUCCCAGACUGCAGUGUUUAUUCUGACGUGACUCCUAAAUGCCGAAUCUACAUUCAGCAGAUGGUCCAGUUUAUGGGCUCUUUGGAACAGAAUGGCAAAAUCAGCAUUUCUGCUCUAGAACAAGAGAUGUCUAAACUGCUGGACGAUAUUGUAAUUUUCAGCCCUCCAGAUCUGGAGGUCCAGAAGCGUCACAUGGCUUUGAGCAGUUUGUUCAUGGAGCUUUUAAUGGUCAUGAACAACGCGAGUGUGACCACCGCUGAGUCCCUGCGCGGGGCCCUGCUGAAGUGGAUUGAUAGCAAAGUGCAAGGCAUGUUAGUCAUGCCCCUCCUAACAGCAGCCUGUCAGAGCUUGGCAUCUAUAAAGCAUAUGGCAGAGACGACUGAAGCUUGUAUACUGACAUACUUCAAGGAUGCUGCUGUGAACUGUCCACUGUCAAGAGAGUCUUUGCACACUCAGAACCCAGGCUGGGGACCUAUCCUGGCAUCCUUGCAGGUGCCAGAACUUACUACUGAGGAGUUUCUCCAGGAAUGCCUUACCCUUGGCAGUUACCUGACGCUUCACGUGUAUGUGCUGCAAUGUCUGAACCGAGAACAGACCCUCGCCAAUGAGCUGCGGAUGCUGGUCAAAAUCUCCAAGUGGAUUGAGCAGGUGCAGCCAAGCUCUGUGAAUGAGGAACCCAAACUCUUCCUGUGGUUCCAUAAAGCUCUGCAGUUGUCCCUGAUUCAGGUAGAACAGAAUGACACCGAAGUAACCGAGAACGUUCUGCGGAUCCUGCUCUCAGUCCAGACUCGACUAAGCCUUCUGAGUGAGGAAAGAAUGUCGACCGGGAUCCUGGGGGCUAUUGGCCUUGGAAGAAAGUCUCCGUUCUCAGCCAGAUUUCGGAUUAUCUCUCGCAGUCUAGCAGCCUUUAUUUUAGCCCAGAUUCCUGCUGAAAAUCAAGUGCGCCUUAAGGCAGGGUCUGGCCUUCAUCUGUCACAAAAAGCUCAACAGGCAUUAAGUGCCGUGGAGUCCUUAACCUCAAGUAAACAGUAUGUGGAUUUCCAGGAGCAGAUCUCGCAGGCUGUUCAGUUCAUCCGGUACCCAGGCCACUGUCUUCAGGACGGGAACACGCUGCUAGCCCUCCUCAUCAACUCACUAUACCCAGAAGUGCAUUAUCUGAAUAUUAUCCGAUAACCUGGGAAGAGCCCGUAUCUGGGACACUCUCUUUUUUUCUUAAUGCUUUUCCCCCCAUUCCUCGUUUUAGUGACACUCCCCUCGUAUUUCAUGUUUUUAGAACAAAAGUUAUGUAUUAAUGUUUAUAUGUGUGCAAGGCGGCAGCAAAGAUAAUCCAGGUGUUGAGUCUGUGGAAGCAGCAAGGAGAUCGUGAGAUGAGUAGAAAGGGUUCUGUCAUGGUUAUGAUAGAAAAUUAUGAAGAAUGUUCUAGCAUGCACUGCCUUAGGGUCUCUCCACCCAAAUUUAUUUUUUAGAAAAAUCUGAUUAAUAAUGCAGGUUAGAAAAAUCUGAUUAAUAAUGCAGGAUGAGAUUGUAAUGACAAGGUAUGACUGCUGCCAGGCCACUUUUUUCCUUCUUUUAGUAUGACAACUAUGUUAUGUCUGAAAGUCCCAUGGCUAAGGCAGUGUUUCCCAACCAUUGUGCCUCCAGCUCUUGCAAAACUACAACUCCCAGCAUGCCCGUAUAGCCUUCGGUUGUCCGGGCAUGCUAGAGAUUGAAGUUUUGCAACAGCUGGAGGCACGCUGGUUAAGAAACAGUGGCCUAGGGAUUCAGUGCCCUAACAAUCAUGAUGCUUUAUAUGCAGUCUGUCUCAUUCCAGGCUCUUUUCUAUCACUUUUUGCCUUAUUAAGGAGAUUUUAACUGAUAUAAAGGGGAGAGGGAGAAAAACGUGGAUUAAUGUACAAAUCCGUCUCCCCAUUUAGAACCAUUAGGUUCAGUAUUAAAGUCAUUAUAUACUUGUCCAUAAGGAAUGGGAAAAUCUAUAUUGACAUUUUACUUUUGACCACAGGGGGGCAGUAUUAUAGUAUUUAUAUACAUGCGCUUGCGGGGGGAAGUAUUACAGUAAGUAGUGGUGCUGCAAGAAAGAUACUCACCUUAGUGGAAAAGUGACAACCUGCUUGGGGCAGUUGUCACUUCCUUUCCUUUACUUCUCUUGGCAGCAUUUGUCCCUAGGGGGCAACAAUGAGCACAGGAGAACACUUAAUCAGUGCUCCAUCCUGAGGCAUGAUGGAAGGCACAUAGAAAAUAUAAAAGUAUAUGUAGAACAAAAAUAUUUAUUUCCUCUUAAUUUAAGGAGAAUUUACCGCACCACUGAUGUAAAUAUCAGAGUUGCCCUUUAUAUGUGCGUAUAUAGUUCUUUAUUAUUAAAGGGUACCUCUCAUCAAAAAAACUUUUGAUAUAUUAUAGAUUAAUGUGUGCAGAAUAACUUUACAAUUGCAUGUUAUUAAAAAAUAUGCUUCUUUCUAUUUAAUUUUCCACUUUGAAGAAAUGACCACUAGGGGUCUCCCUACCAGUCCUGGCAGCAAGCAUUUCAGACUCAUGCUGGAGUCCUAAACACUACGAGCUGCCAGUCUGCUUUGUUCACAAAGGAGAACAC